UAAAUGUAUGAGGAGAAAGGAUAUUCGUCCGGAUAGUUUAUUUUUUUUAUUUAAUAAAAAUAUAUUAACAGGAUACAGACAACAUUAUUAUUAUUAUUAGCUUGAGUUUUUUGUUGGGAGAGGUAGAGAAAUUAAUUUCAGCCAAUAGCGACAGGCGUUACACGUAAAUAUUUUAACUCGACAGAAACUAUAGAGUAUUGAAAAAAUAUAAUAAUAAUUAUGCGAAUGUAUUGCCAAUCUGACUGACUAGUGAUUGGUAACUGGUUUUGACUUGCUUGGCUCUGGCUCUGGUUUUGAUGUCCACGUGCAAGUAGUAUUUUUUUCUAACCAAUAAAAUUUUCCAUCAAGUUGAUUUUAAAAUACUUGUUAAUAAACAAUGGAAGAUACUAAAAUAAUUGGAUUUGGUGAUCCAAAUGAAGUGGACAGUGAUGAUGGCUAUAAUAAUGUACCAUUAAAAAAUAAAUCUAAAAAAGGCGGUGGUUUUCAAUGCAUGGGAUUGAGUGAUAAUGUUCUUAAAGGUAUCACUAAAAGAGGUUACAAACUUCCCACGCCGAUUCAAAGAAAAACUAUUCCAUUGGCAUUGGAAGGACGAGAUGUAGUUGCCAUGGCGAGGACAGGUAGUGGAAAAACAGCCUGUUUCUUAAUUCCAAUGUUUGAAAAAUUAAAAACAAGACAAGCUAAAGUUGGUGCUAGAGCAUUGAUUUUAUCACCAACACGUGAAUUAGCAUUGCAAACGUUAAAAUUUCUAAAAGAACUUGCUAAAUAUACGGAUUUAAAAGCUUCUGUUGUAUUGGGUGGUGACAGUAUGGAGGAUCAGUUUGAAAGUAUUCACAGUAGUCCAGAUAUUAUUGUUGCAACACCUGGACGUUUUCUUCAUGUUUGCGUUGAGAUGGAUCUCAAGUUGGAUAAUAUUGAAUAUGUUGUAUACGACGAAGCUGAUAGAUUAUUUGAAAUGGGAUGGGGAGAACAAAUAAAUGAAAUAGCUAAUCGAUUACCAGAAUCACGUCAAACAUUACUUUUCUCAGCAACUCUUCCUAAAGUUUUAGUUGAGUUUGCAAAAGCUGGUCUUAGUGAUCCAGUUCUUAUACGUCUUGAUGUUGAGAGUAAAUUACCAAAUGAAAUAAAGCUAUCGUUUAUAACUUGUAGACCUGAAGAAAAAUUAGCUGUUUUGUUAUGUUUACUUAAAUAUGUAAUUAAAAAAGAUUCACAGACAAUCGUAUUUGCUGCCACAAUGCAUCACGUUGAAUAUAUUCAUAUGAUAUUAGACCAUGCUAAUAUUACAAAUACUUUUAUUUACUCAAAUUUAGAUGCCACAGCACGUAAAAUAAAUGCUGCUAAAUUUCAAGCUAAAGUUGCUAAAGUUUUGGUUGUAACAGAUGUAGCAGCUCGAGGAAUUGAUAUUCCACAUUUAGAUAAUGUAAUUAAUUUUAAUUUUCCAGCUAAGAGUAAGCUUUUUGUACAUCGAGUUGGACGUUGUGCUCGAGCUGGACGAACUGGAACAGCAUACAACAUAGUUUCUAACGAUGAAUAUGCAUAUCUUUUGGAUUUACAUCUCUUCUUAGGUUCACCUUUUAACAUAGUGCCACAGCAAUCAACUGGAAAAAGUAUUGAAGGUGCUAUUGGUAAAUUGCCACAAUCUAUGAUCGAGCAGGAACUCGCUGAAUUAAUUACUUGCCAUGAUAAUACUGAUAUUCAAAAUAUGCAAAAUGUAGCAAAAAAUGGGUAUCAACAAUACAUUCGUUCAAGACCAGCAGCGUCAACGGCCAGUGUAAAAAGAGUUAAAGAAUUGGAUAUAGCAAAUGCUGGCGUACAUUCUGAAUUCGCGGACAUGGCACCAAAAAUUGAUGAUUUAUUGACACAAAUGAAAAGUUACAGACCAAGAGGGACUGUAUUUGAAGUAUGCAAGAAGCCAUCGUCAACUGAUUACAAAGUAAUGAUAGCAAAACGUGCAUUUCAUAAUGAUUUAAUAACAAAAUUUAAAUCAAAACAAGUUGAAAGACAAGAAAAUACAUUAAAAAUUAUAAAUAGUACAAAACAAGAAUCAAAACUUGUGACAAGUACUAAUGAUGAAAUUAAUGAAGCAUUUAAAGAAGUUGUUAAACCCAAGAAAAGAAAAAUUGAUGAUUUAUACAGAGAACCCAAGAAAAAGAAACGAGGAAUUCGGGAUGAAGAAUUUUAUAUCCCUUAUUCCGCUCCAGAUAAACACACUGAAGACGGACUUGCUGUGAAUAAUUUUGCAACUUCAGCCGAGCGAGAACAAAUGGACUUGACUGGUGAUAAUGAAGACGCAUUUCGACAACAGAAACAAAUGAAAAAAUGGGAUAGAAAAAAGAAAAAAAUGGUUACCAUUAAUAAUACUUCAAAGGUGGGGAAAAUUCGUACGGAAUCAGGCGCAUGGAUCUCAGCUUCCUUUAAGUCAAAUCGUUAUCAACAAUGGAAAGAUAAAUCUAAAAUUGAUAGUCGAGAUAAUGAUGAUGAUGAUGAUGAUGAUGAAGAACCGGAGCAUAUGAGAAAAUUAAAAACAACUCCAAAUACUCAUUGGGCAAGACACAAUAGAAAAGUAAAAGAAAAAAUGAGGGUAAAAGAUGAAUUGAAGAGACCUGAACAAGUUAUGAAACAACGGAAAAUAAAAGAAAAGAAAAGAGAACGAGAGCAGCAACGCCACGGUAAAGAACACUAAUGGAGAAUUUCAAAAUGGCGGUGCGUCGUCAACCUGUUCGUCAAUUUACUCAGAAGAAUAAGAAGAAGAAAAAAAAAAAAUUUUGUUUGGUAUUCAAUCCUGUAAAGGCGAAGCUGGAUUAUCCCGCGUUCCGGACUCUGAACUGUGAAUCAAAAGAAAAAAAAAAUUUUUUUCUUUGGUAUUCUCAGUAGAGUUUACCUACAGUUUCAACCCAUGUAACACAAAUAUUACUACGGGUAUCAGUCGAAGGCGUUAGUCAUCAUACAAAAUGUUCUAACCCCCUAGACUGAUAUACUCAAACCGUAGUAAUAUUUUUGGGUUGGAUUAUAAUAUAGGUCCGGCAAUGUCCUAGAGAUGAAUUGCUGGACACGGAAGUGGGGUCACACCUGCGUAGCCAAACUGUCAAACAGUCCUCAGUAGAGGCGCUGUUUUUUAGUAUAGCUGAAUUAAAUUUUAAUUUAAAAUAAAUUAUUAAAAUUUAUAGCCUUUCAAAUUUGAUAUAAAAACGAUUCGUUGUUUAGUUGCUUGUUGUUGUUGUUGUCGUUAUUGCGUACCGUAUAAAAGGAGUGAAAGGAUUCCUGAUGCAAUAAUAGAAACAGUAACCCAUCAAGUUUAUUUUUGUACACACAAAAAUAAAAAAGAUUACUUUCAGAACAUCAAUUGUUUAAUUAAAUAUUUGUAUUUUAUCAUAAAAUUUUAAGUUUCAUUUUAUUUAAACAAAAUUAACAUAUUAUAACAAUAUCAAUAAUGAUUAAACACCAUUGUGUGACAUUACAUAUCAUAUAAUUUAUACAAAUUCAGCUGAUACAUAACUAAAAAAUUCAUUUUCAAUGCCUCCUAAGAAUUGAUUAAUCAUCUGCUAUUACUAUAUUAUAAUUUAUAUUUAUAUAUGAGUCAACUUAAUUUUUUUAAUUUAUGUUUUUUUUUAAAUUUCUUUUUCUUUAUUAUCCUGAGUAAUUUGUUCUCAGUAAAACUCGAGAGUAACGAGCUGUAAUUUAUGUUAGUCUGUUCACAUUACUCUACACUACUUCUGGCUUCCUUUGAAGCUCUUGCUUUUAACAGUCUUACAUUAGUUCUGAAGCUCCUUUCCACUUUAUUUCUGUAUUACUGAUAUGUAUUCCUUCUUAACGUUUCAUUUAAUAUGCUGGUAGUAGUAGUAGUACUAUAGGAGCUGCACUUGUGUAUCGUGGCAUGAUAAAUACAAUAUAUAGUAAUGUAUAUACUUAUUUGAUAGGAUAAAACUUGUUUGUAUUUAACCAAUAUCAUGUGGUGGAUCUCGUGUGGUUGAUUUUUCAACAAAAAAACCACCAAGUCCACGCCCUUGAAGUACUCAUUAAAGUUCACCAGUGUGACUACCAGACUAGAACCAUCCUAUGGUAUUUAAACUUCCGUCCAACCAACCAACACUUUCCCAUUUAAUGUAUCUUUGCAAUAAAACACAUGCACGAAAGCCUUGAACCUACAUAAUGUAUUUAGUUACAUGUUUUCUUAUAAAUAUUUAAAUUUUUCAACGGAUAUAUAUCUUUUUUAACACAUUAUUUCCACUUCAUUUUCAUUA